AUGCAGAUUUUUACUAGAAUUUUAUUCCUCCAUGAAAGCAUCGCACGUGUUUGCAUUCGUCAUUGUGCAAAAAAAGCUAGUUCAUCUGUUCUUGACGAAAAAUUGAUACGAUCAGCUAUUCGUCCUCAGAUUCCAGUAAGACUUGCAAGUUUAUUCUCUUAUCUUGUUAAAAACACUAUUCAUCAUGAACCAGGAAAAUUUUUAAUAUUAAGUAAGCCAUAUGGAGUAUCUUCAUUAGGUCAUAAAGGCGGGAAUAUAUUUAAACCGACUCGAUUUGAUCGACGAGAUGAGAAUUUAGAGGAAACUAUCGAAGUUGAUCAAAAUCGUUCUGUUACUAUCGAAUCUGCGAUUCCACUUUUGGCGCAGCAUUUUAGAGAGCCAAAUUUGAUGUUUUGUACAGGUCUAAAAAGGUAUAUUACGGGUCCACUUAUAAUACCUGCAAAUAAAAGGGAAUACGAAAAAAUAUUUAGAAGUCACAGAAGAUUUUCUAGCAUACGGCAUCGGGCGCUUGUUAUUUGUGCUGGUAGACCAAUCAGUGAUUCUGGUCAUAUUCAGGGUUAUGCGACUUUCCAGAAAGUACGUGAUCAUAGUGAAUACAUAUUCGUAAAAGACGGUGUGGCUAAACCUCGCGCCAAGUCAGGGCAAUUUGCUGUUAGCGGUAGUAUGGAAUAUAAGGUUUUAGCAAGUAAUUAUGGUUGCUCGUUAAUUGAUAUUGAAUUUCCAAUAUUUAAUCGUCAUCUUCCUCGUUUGAUGCUCACGGAAUUGUUAUCUCCGAUUUUGGGCGAUCCUAUAUAUAUGCAAAGAAUAGUAGAAAUCGACUCUACACCUACGUUAAUCGAACCGAAGCAACUUUAUCGAACAAAACACAUUAAACGAAGCUUUACAGAAUUAGAACAUCGUCUUUCUUUGAAGAAUUCGGAUAUUUACACUUUACUUCCGAUGUAUUUUCAUGUUUACAGAACGAUAUUUCCUAGCUAUGAGAUAUAUUUUGAAGAGCGACAAGAUUUGGUUGCGUUUUCUCUGCUACCUUGUAAUAUUUUUUUUACAUGGAUAGAUUAUAAGUUAAUUAAGGCCCAUAUGACAGCUAUGCUUCGUUGUCUCAAUUUUACUACUGCAACAUCGCGUCAUUUGAAAUCCGUUGCCGAAGAAACAGCCGAUAUGCCUUUAAAUAUCGCAGAUGAAACUUGUUUUACCUUAUGA